AUGUCCACUCAAAUCGAUACUGCUACAACUGUUGAUGAUACUACUACUACGACCACAACCGCCACAACCAUCGCCCGCCUCUGCCUCCACGACCCUACUCAUUUCCACACCCAAUACUCUCAAAUCCUCCAUCGCCUCAAUCUCGUCCAGCACUGGAAAGCAGCAGCAGCUCUCUCGCCCGGCUCAAACGUGCUCGAGCUAGGAUGUGGGCAAGGAGACUGUACUGUGACCCUGGCCUAUACGGUGGCACGGGGAGAGCUGGGGGGAAGAGUGGUGGCGAUUGAUCCGGCGGAAUUGAAUUAUGGUUCUCCGUAUACACUCGGCCAAGCACAAGAGCAUAUUUCCCGCGGACCGAUGGGCAAGAGAAUUACUUGGGUGCGACAAGAACCCCUGGAGUACCUCUCUUCUUCUUCUUCCCCCCUCCCCGGAACAGCAGCAAGCGAAAGCGAAAGUAAGAAAAAUCAGCCAUUUUUCGACGCAACCGUCCUGGCCCACAGUCUAUGGUACUUCGCCACUCCCUCGCUCGUGGAGGAGACGUUCCGUGUCAUCAAACAGCAUCCGAAUACUAGUAAGCGGCUACUUCUUGCCGAAUGGGCAUUGGAAGCGACGCACAAGGCUUCACAGCCUCAUGUCCUCGCUGCGCUGACGCAAGCUGCGCUGGAAUGCCGCAAACCGGACGACCGGAAGAGCCUCUCGAACAUUCGAACGGUGCUGGGGCCGAAACGGCUUACGGAGCUGGCGCUUGCGGCGGGAUGGCAGUUGGAGAGGGAAUCUCGUGUGCCCUGUGGUGAGUUGCUGGAGGACGGGAAGUGGGAGGUUGCGGCUUGUCUUUCCCCUGCGUUUGAAAGGGAAGUACGGGAGCACGUGAGUGAUGAGAGGGAACAGGCGGUGGUGUUUGCUUUGCGGGAUGCGUGUGAGGCCAGUUUGGAGGCUGUGCCGGGAGGGAAGGAAGGUGUUCGAGCGAUGGAUGUUUGGGUUGCUAGUUUCGUCUGACUUGGCGAGUGGCGCGUGUUUGAGAAUCUCUCAGAAAGUCUCGUGUUUGAUGAAUG